AUUUUAUUGGUAUAGAGAAUUUUCUGUUAAGUGGAAGUGUUUAAAAGUUAGAGCUCCGCAUAAUAUUUUAUUAAAUGCUUUACAUACUACAAGCCCGAAUAUCUUCAGCAUAUUCUACUGCAUAUAGAGUGUUUAUAAAAUCUUUAUAAGGAUCAAAUAAUUUAUAUAAAAGUAGUUUUAAAAUGAGUAUAUUGACGAGAAAAUCAUUACAUGUCUUAUGUGAACAAUUCUAUUUAAAGAACAAAGGAAGUUUUCAACGCUGGCGUCGCCGUCCACGUCACAGACCCUUUUUGUAAAAACUAUAAAAAGAUAAGAAAAAUAAAAAUAACUACAAGAAUCUUGUAUGUGUAACCGGUUUUAAAAUUGUUGGUUUAAUAUGCACUAGCUGUGAAGUCGACGCCAAUUUUAAGUAGCGUGCAGUUGGGCGAGGCAGCAGAAUCAAAAAAAUGUAUAUGUGGGCUUCGAAUAAAAAUGUUGAUUUUCUUUCGUUUGAUCGAUUUUUGAGCUUGCAAUUUAAUUGAAGAAAAAUGUGAAUACAAAAAUUCAGAAGAAAUUCUAAAUUAUUCACGUAUGCAGAGGAAAUGUGUAGCCUGUUCCUUCCUAAUGAAAUGGAUUUGGUAUUUAUAAAAAAAUCAUACCUGUUAAGUAUCAAAUGUUAACACUGCAGAGUCGACAUUAAAAAAUCACUAAGUAUAAUAUUAUAACAAAUAGUCAUUUUCAUUUCCUAACGAUCGUUCCUAUAUUUGUUCUAUCGUUAUUAUAUUAUAUAUGCAUAUAUGAGUAAGUUUCUUUACAGAUUCCUGCCAAUUCAACAAAAACCCAAACCAACUACAAAUACGCAUCUUUACAAAAACUAAUAAUAAUUUCUUUUAUAUAUAUAUAUAUCAUGUUAUAUUUACUUGUCAUUAAAGUCAUAUUAUGUAUUGUACUAUAUCAAAUAAAAUCUAAAACUAACAUCUUCGCAUUUGCUACAAAUAAAUUUUUAGCACCGAAAUAUCAAACUGCCUAUGCUUGCGAAGGUAAAAAACUAACAAUAGAAUGUGAUCCGGGCGAUAUAAUCAGCCUAAUACGCGCUAACUACGGACGAUUUUCUAUUACAAUAUGCAAUGACCACGGCAAUGUAGAUUGGAGUGUGAAUUGCAUGUUCUCAAAGACUCUCACAGUGCUGAAUUCAAAAUGCGCCAACAAACAAAACUGUACUGUUUUAGCAACUACGAAUAUGUUUGGAGAACCCUGUCCAGGUACACAUAAAUAUUUGGAAGCACAUUAUCAAUGCAUAUCAGCAUUACAAAGUACCACUACAACAAGUCGUCCUAGUCCACCAUGGAUAUUUACGAAUAUUCCUCCCCUAAUACCUAAUGGUCAUAAAGUAACACAUCCCGCCGUACCACAACCGCUACCACCGCGACUACCUUUACCUGGUAGUGCAACGUCUGCAGGUGCCCCUAGUAUUUGGAGUAGUAUACCAUCUUCAUUGGGGCCACCGACAGUGCAUACUACGUUACCUGGUGGUCGUUUAAAAGUAGGAUAUAAUGCGACUUUAAUAAAACAUACAAAUCGACAUGAUAGUUUACCACCACCACCACCGAUUCAUCAUCAUCAUCACACAACCCAUCGCACGGCUACUUUAGCUGGAAAUGCACAAGAUACUAGACAUAAUGGGCAUACUACUAGUGAUCAUCAUAAAAUUGAAGAAAAUGAUGUUACGAGAAAUGUCGCCAACAAUAAUAUAGGAAUAACAUCUAUUUCGCCAACAAACACCACACCAACAAAUACACGUAUUUUAACAGGUAUUGGUGGUACUGGAAGUGAUGACAGUACACUGUUAACUACCAGAACCACUCAAAAUCGUGUGAAUCAACAGCAAUCAACAACAGUAGAACAAUUUUCUACUAGUAGCACAAUUGCUGGAAGUGCUAGUAACACAAAUAAUACCAUUCGCACAAUAAAUAACAUUAAUAUUAAUAUUGGUUUAACUGGUGGUGAUGGCACAAAUAUGUUUUGCGGUCCCACAAAUGCACGUAACCUGUUUUGGAAUAUUACACGUGUUGGUGAUGUGAAUGUACAGCCAUGUCCAGGUGGAGCAACUGGAAUUGCAAAAUGGCGUUGUGUACUAAUGAAGCGCAUAUCUGAUAAUAGUUUAGAAGAAGAUAUAUACGCAACUGAAUUACCUUUACGUCAUAUGAAUUGUAGUCAUAAUAACAACAGCAGUAAUUGUAAUAAUUUUGAAGAUGUUGGCAUGAAAGUGGAUCAGCGUUUACGUAAUUUUAUACCCACAUGGCAUCCUUUAACGCCUGAUUUAACUCAAUGCCGAAGUUUAUGGCUAAAUAAUUUAGAAGUACGUGUAAAUCAACGCGACUCCUCUUUAAUAUCUAUAGCUAAUGAUUUAUCAGAGGUUACCAGUAGUAAAACUCUUUAUGGUGGCGAUAUGUUGGUAACAACAAAAAUCAUACAAACGAUGUCUGAGAAAAUGUUUCAUGACAAAGAAACUUUUCCUGAUCAACGACAGCGUGAAGCUAUCAUUAUGGAACUUUUGCAUGGUGUUGUAAAAACUGGUUCAAAUCUAUUAGAUGAAUCGCAAUUAUCCUCAUGGUUGGAUUUAAAUCAAGAGGAUCAAAUGCGUGUAGCAACUUCUCUGUUAACUGGUUUGGAAUAUAAUGCAUUUCUUUUAGCUGACACCAUCAUUCGAGAACGCAACGUCAUACAAAAGGUCAAAAAUAUAUUGCUUUCUGUGCGUGUUUUGGAAACUAAAAAUAUACAAUCGGACGUUAUUUUUCCUGACGCAGAACAGUGGCAAGUCAGCGAUGAUCGCAUUGAAUUGCCUCGUGCUGCACUUCUAGAAAAUAGUGAAGGUGGUUUAGUACGCAUUGUAUUUGCUGCUUUUGAUCGUUUGGAAUCAAUCCUAAAACCUACAUUCGACCAUUUCGAUAUUAAAAGUUCGCGUAGUUAUAUACGGAACACAGCAUUAGUAACAAACGAAAGUGAUUCAGAUUCCGCAUCACAACAGCGUCUGCGUAUACUUAACAGCAAAGUAAUAUCGGCUAGUUUAGGAAAAGGGCGCCAUAUUCAAAUUUCACAACCGAUCAAACUAAUUUUGAAACAUUUGAAAACUGAAAAUGUAUCAAAUCCAACUUGUGUAUUUUGGAACUAUAUCGAUCAUGCUUGGUCGGCUAAUGGUUGUAAUUUGGAAUCAACAAAUCGUACACAUAGCAUUUGUAUGUGUAAUCAUUUAACAAAUUUUGCAAUAUUAAUGGACGUGAUGGACGAGCAAAACCAAUCACUGUUUGCUUUGUUUGACGGCAAUAUGCGUAUUUUAAUAUACAUCAGCAUCUCUAUUUGUCUUUUAUUUAUUGUAAUUGCAUUGUUAACGUUAAAAAUAUUUAAUGGUGUCUUUAUUAAGGUAAGAAAUCUCAAUAACCAACAUCACCAACAACGUCGCGGUAGUACGCGGAAUAAUAUACGCGAUCAAACGCAUGAGUCAAUUGCAAUAAAUGUUGCUGCAACGACUGCUACUGUUAAUGGAGCUCAAACUAAUAAUGUACAGAACUUACAACAACAAUUGAAUUUGCAGCAUUUGACACCCCAAAUGCCUAUUUUAACAAAUAAUAGCUUUAUACAACAUAACUCAAUACGGAACUCGAACCGUAAUAAUUUAAAUGCUAAUAAUUUCAAUCUACAGCAACUACAACAACAGCAGCAGGUUGUUGCUGCAGCAGCUGCUGCUGUUGUUGUAGCAAAUAAUCAACGUAAUUUACAAAUGAACAAUUUAAAUUUAAACUUAAACUUACAAUCACCUCAUCAUCAUAACCAUGGGCAUAAUUUAAAUCAGCCUCAUGUACAUGUACACAAUACAAAUUCACACCUGGAGACCUCAAUGAAUAGCACCUCAGUAGCAGCAGUUGCAGCUGCAGCAACUAUUGCCGCUGCUCUACAACAGGCUGGAAACAGCAAUAAUCUAAACGUUAACCGUAGUAAUAACAAUAAUAAUCAUAGUCAUAAUAAUACCGAUCAGAAUAAUAUUAUAAUGCAAGGAAAUAUAGAUGAUUUACAAUAUAAAUGGUGGUGGUGGUGAAUU